AUGCGUGAGAACCACCUGCCGAACGAGGUGGCGUCGGCAGAGAGCCCGGCGCGGUGCCCGGCGGAGGCAGCUGCGCCUGACUGCCCGUGGAGCUACUGGCUGGCCGUGGGCGCGGUCAUCGGCGUGUUGGUGGGCUGGGCCAUCAUCCUCUUCAUCUUCGUGCUGCGUGGCGGCGGUGCAGGCGGCAAUUUUGGGAGACGGCGACGCCGCUUCGCGCAGACCCUGACCGACCAGGAGGUGGAGCAGGCCACGCUGGGGCAGACCAAAGGGGUCGCUCUAGUCAACGGCCUGGAGGUCUUCGUGGAGAAGAUCGAGGCAGAUCGUGCGAAGAUCGAGAAGUGGAAGGCCGAACGUGAAGCUGGAGCGGGUGACCUACGCGUGCUGGGUGAUCACCGUGACGCCUCAGGUCGUCGCCAUCUCACUCUCACCGAGGGCGUCUCCAUGAUGAGGGAGACCUCGUUUGAGGACUGGAACAUGCCUGGGCCUCGGAUCGCAAAGGAGUGGCUUGUCUCUGUUCGGGAUGGGCCGGGCGACCUGACCACCUACCAUAGCCAGUGGAUGCGACGCUCGGGCGUCGGAGAGGGCACAGCUGUGGCCCACAUCCACUUCGUGAUGUGCGAGAUCGUGCGGCUGGCCAUCCAAGUCGAUCAGUUGGACGUCUCCAACCUGAUGAGCUUCGAGCUCGCCAUGCGCAGGAUCUGUCAGGACGAGACGGCCGUUUCGCGCAACCCUCGUCACCCAGACUAUGGCGGGCUCGACAUUGUGCUGCACGCCCCGGUCUCGGAGCAGGGCCAGGCCAGCACGGACAGAUUCACAGAGUGGGUCACUGCCCGCUUGAAGGAGCGCGCCUCGAUCUACAAGCAGACUCGCCUCUGGAACGAGGAGCAGCGCGCCCUGCAGGCUGCCCGCACCUCGGUGGACCCCAGCAAGGGAGGCCUCGCAGCCGAGGGGGCCGCGCGCGAGCUGCUGGCCUCGAAGGACCUGUAUAGCCAGGAGCCGAAGCACCUAGCGCCGUUCGACCUGACAAAGCUCAAGGUUGCCAAGGGACGCGCCCGGCCGCGGUCUGUGGCCAACUUCCUUCCUCCGUUGGCUGGGGAGAUGAUUCGGAACCCAGCGCAGUACAUAGAGAAGGAUGAGGGGGAGAUGGAGUUCACACGUCAGACAACUGAUCCCAUCAAGCCUUACUGGGAUCCAGUGCUUCGUUCUAGCCGACUGGAGCGAUGGAGGCUGUUCCGAGUGCUGUACGAGCUGGGGCUCAUCACGUUCAGGCCCCGUCUUCGCGCUCGAGCCGCCUUAUUUUUUGUGAAGAAAAAGAAACCUGGCGAGAUCAGAAUGAUAGUUGAUGCGAGGCAGGCCAACGCCUGCCACCGUGCGCCUCCGACCACUCGCCUUGGGUCGGCAGGCGCCCUCGCGGACCUCGACUUCUCCGACGGGAACGGCUCCUUCGGCGGCGUCGGCAGCGUCGUCGGCUGGGGCCCCCACGGGAACGAGGCGGACGUCGAGGAUUGCUUCUACAACUUUUCAAUAGACGGGCUGGCUGAGUGGUUCGGCUUCGACGACCCGCUGCCCGUUGCCACUAUCAGGGACACCUACGGCAUCAACAUUGGCUCUUUUUGGGACCCAGAUCUCCACAGGAUGGUUGCGGCGACUGACGACGUCGUGCUGUACCCGUGCAUGCGCGCCAUGUGCAUGGGCUGGUCUUGGGCCUUGUUUUUCGCUCAGGAAGCCGUAUCAGCUAUGACCUCCCGCGCCCUUCGGCCUUGCUCGACUCUGGAGCCGGCCAUGGUGAGGGAGCACCUCCCAGCGCCUGACCUCAACGAGUCCGGGGUCAUGGGCAGCGUCUACGUUGAUAACAUCACCGUCUUGGGUAAGACUGCCGCUGUGGCCCGUGAGGCCAGUGCCGCCCUUCGCGACGAGGCGGAGCGCUGUGGUCUCCCCAUCACUUGGUCGUACCCCGACGUCGUCACUCAUCUGGAGACGGUGGGGAUCGAGCUUGAUCUGAAGCAAGGGCGCCUGCGCAACAAGGCCUCCCGAGUCUGGAGGUUCGACCUGGCCACCCGGGCGCUGCUGGCCCGGGGUAAGAUGCGAGGUGAACACAUGGAGGUCUGGUUGGGCCACGCGGUCUCCCUGCUGAUGCUGGCCCGGCCAGGCUACGCUGCGCUGUCCGCCGUCAGACAGGAGAUGCGCAUCGUGGUCGGGCUGGUCUGGCUCGCGGAGGUCGACCUGGCAGCGCCCUACGUGCCGCACGUGUACGCCAGCGACUCCGCCGACCACGGGUACGGGCUCAUGUACAAGAGGGCCUCGCUCGGCGACCUGCGCUCGGCCUUCCGCUGGAAGGAGAAGUGGAGCUUCAAGCAGCACCUCCGAGGGCCGCGCGUGGGUAUUGUGCCUCCGACUGAUGUUGCCGACAUGGGGGGGUACGGCGACGUGAUCGACCGGUCCCUGGACUAUGAGAUCGAGCCUCGCUGUCAGUCUUCCUCGCCUUGCAGCGGCACGGCGCCCGCGACCGCCUUCGGCCAGUGGCUGCAGCGCCGGGCGGAGGGCUUCCUGGAAUUGUUCUCGGGCGAGGGCGGGCUUUCGGAGGCCUUCAAGGAGCUCGGCCUGAAGACCUUCCCCGGGAUGGACAUCAAGGACGGGGCCCACUAUGACCUCCUGGAUCCUGUGGUGCAGCUCGUUAUCUUACAGGGUAUUCGAAAAGGGCUGUUCUGGACCUCGAGGCUCUGGGAUUUUGACCCCGUUCGAGAGCUCACCAACCUUCCCGACGUGAUUCAGAUUUUUCUCGUGCACUGCAGCUAUGGGGCCCCGCACUUGAAGCGGACUAAGAUCCUCACGAAUUUCUUCGCCCUGUCGUCCCUGAGCUCAGAGUGCUCCAGAGACCACACGCACGUGGAGCUCAGGGGUUUCGAGACAGUUACGUUGCCAUCUGGGGCUCGGGUCAGACGCAAUCGGACCGCUGGAGCGGGAGCCUACCCCCGCAGGCUCUGCAAGGCAUGGGCUCAGGCGGCCGCUCUGACCGCGCCUGCCGGCGCCCGCGGCGACCUGGACGCUGCUGACGGCGGAGACCUGGAGGCGCAGCUCCGGGAUGCUUCGCAGCGGCCAGCUUCGCGUGCCCGAGAGCGCUUCAGGCCGGCUCGGCAGCGGCUCCAAGCGGAGCCUGACCUCGGGCUCUCUGCAGCCGCCGACCCAGACGCCCUCGAGAGCCGGUACGACCACCUCCGGCCGUUCAUCGUCUUUGGCCAGGACUCCAACCUCGAGGCGGCUCGAAAGCAGGCGGCCCGCGCCAAGAGAGGCCCAGAAGGUGAUGAGGACCUGAGGGAGGCACCCGAGUCCAAGAUUGACCAAUUAAUGUGCAAGUAUUUUGACAAGCUGAUGAGUGAUGCAAGACACCCAGCUGAGGGCCGCUAUGCUCUCUGGGGCUACCUGACUUUCUUCCCGCGCUCUGACAUCGCCAAGUCUGCCCGCCUCAUGAUGGCCAGGGAGGCUAUGAAAGGCUGGACCCGAAGAUUUCCUGGCUCGUCUCGCCACCCAUGGCCGCUGUCAGUUUUCUUCCUGUUCAUGACAGUCUUUAUGAAAGACAAGCACAUCGGAGCCGCAGUAGCCUUAGCCAUCCAGCUGGACGCCUACCUGAGACCCUCAGAGAUCUGCGACCUACGGUGGUGCUCGGUGGUUCGCCCUUCGUCAUCAUCGUCGCGUCUGGCCCGAGGCCGCUGGGCCGUUGUUAUCGGCAACUCAGACCUUGGUGAGACCACCAAGACAGGCGAGUGCGACGACACCGUGGUGCUCAACUCGCCGGGCCGAGACUGGGUCGCCUCGGUCCUCGAGAUGUGGGCCCGGCGGCGCUCGUCGAGCUCGCGCCCAGAGGAUCUGGUGUUCCCGAACCUGUCCUUGGCCAAAUAUGAGGCUCUUUUUAGACAGUACAGCCGGUCCGUCUUAGGUAAGACUGGCCACCUGACGCCGCACGUUGCACGCCACUCGGCGCCAUCCCAUGAUGUUCUGACAGGCGCUCGCAGCCUGAGCAUGGUGCAGAAGCGUGGCAGGUGGGCUCAUCCCAAGUCUGUGAAACGAUAUGAGAAGAGCGGCCGCCUCUUGCUUCAGGACUUCACCAUCGCGCUGCACCGGGACAGCCCCGACUGGUACUCCGCGGACCAGGAGACCAGCGUGCUGAUGUGUUGCGGAGAGAACGGCGAGGGCCAGUGCGGCCGCAGCCUGCAGCAGCAGCAGAACGCGUGGCUGCCGGUGCGGCUGCCCAAGCGGAGCAAGGUCCUCGCCGCAGCCAGCGGGCAGUCCCACAGCCUCGCGCUGCUGUCCACCGGCGAAAUUUUUGCGUGGGGGUCGAACCAGCAGGGCCAGGUCGGCAACGGCAAGCGCGCGCUGGUGUACAGGUCGCUAUUUGCUGUUCUCGCUUUCGAAGAUGGGCAGCGCUGGUAUGGAGUUGUUGCACCCAUUGCGAGAUGGAGCAAGGUGGUGUGGGCAGGGCAGGCUCAUUUUUUGUCGUACCCGGUUCUUCUGCCAGUGUUCCGUCGUGCAUGCAACAGUUUUUCAGAUUCGUAGUCUGACAUUCAAAGGAUGGGGUGGAACAGCCCGUCAAUUGCAAUGUAGUCACUGGUCCUGUGUCGUCGUUGCUCUAGUUAUCCGAAGGCUGAAAUGGACAACGCCUGAUUUUGCGACGAUUCGGGGCCAGCAUUGUGUUGUCAUUUCCUUCGCCUGACGAUCUCAGCCCCGCCCUCUUGAAAAGUACCUUGCGCCGGC